UUGUUGAGGCUGGGAAGCCAUUUUGGGAUUUUGCAACCGUGUGGAAUAGGAAAUUACUGUCAACUUGCAACUUGUGGGCAGCCUGAGCUGCAGGAUGGAAGGGCCUGGGAUAUAGAGCGACCCCCGCAGCCACUCUGGAGAUGCCCCUUAGCGGAUACUGCCUUUCGGAGAGCUAGUAUGAUCUGAUCGGUGAGAAUGGAUUAUUCCCAUCUCCACACGUAUGCUCCCCCUCAGUGUCUGCCAGAGAACACUGGCUACACCUAUGCGCUAAGCUCAAGUUAUUCUUCCGAGGCCCUCAACUUUGAAACCUUGCAUAAGUUGGAUCCCGUUUUUGAUUCACCAAGAAUGUCGCGGCGGAGUCUGCGUUUGAUUACUACAGGGAGCUAUGCUGAUGAUCUGCAUAACGACAGCAUUAUCUCCAGUGCGUCUUAUUCCGGAAACGUGUCGUACACCGGCAGCGUGUCCUCAAAGGACAGAUCCUUCAACAGAUCUCUUCGGCAACAACAUAACACUAGCAAGCAAUCCUCAUCCAGCUCUCAUCAGUCUGCCACGAAGAAGUCUCUCAUCAACUCGUCCUUCCUCAGCCAGAACAGUUACAGCAGUCAUGCCGCCGAUGCCUCUGUCUUGUCCUCUGUGCUGGAUGAAUCCUUGAUCCGGGAACAGACUGAAGUGGAUCACUUGUGGGGGCUAGAUGACGAUGACCCAAAAGGUGGGGAUACAACAGUGAUUCAAGCCAAUGGAGAAUUAAACUCUGCACAGACACAAACUACCAUGAUAAAUGGAUACACUUGCAAUGACUGUAGUAUGCUGUCUGAAAGAAGUGACGUCCUCACUGCAUUUUCUGCAUCUCGUGCAACACCUGCACACAUACACACUGCCUCGACAAAAGUCUACACCAGGGACCGGGCCCAGAAGCACAAGUCAAGAGAAAUGCCUUAUUACGUGAAUAAGGCUUUGCUGCUGGUCAGAACGUCUGCUAUGACUAUAGCAGCUCUGUUAUUGAACCUUUUUCAUACGGCCAUGUUGAAGCUUGGUUAUGAGUUCAAAGCUCAUUCGAAUUACUGUGGAAGUAUGAAUGUGAGAGACUAUCUAAAAGAGGAUGGACAGCUCCGUGUAAACGGGGAAUCCUUGUGUGAUGACUGUAAAGGGACGAAACACCAUGAAACUCACACAACUGUCCUCACGCAAUCGUCACGGGCUAAGAGGGUGACGGGGUCCAUAUGGCACAUCUUUUCUUAUGCAGGCUACUUUUUGCAACAAGCCGUGCGAAGCGUUGCAGCUGCUGGAUGGUUUGUAUCCAGGAAGGCGUUGUCGUUUCUUUGGUUGGCCAUUGUAUCACCAGGAAAAGCAGCGUCUGGAAUGUUUUGGUGGCUGGGCACGGGAUGGUACCAGCUUGCCACGCUGGUCUCUUUGUUAAAUGUUUUUUUUCUAACCAGAUGCCUUCCAAAAGUACUCAGAUUGCUGCCUCUGCUGAUUCCUUUACUACUAUUAUUGGGUCUGUGGUUCAUGGGCUUCGGCGGUUUGUGGUCAUUGCUUCCGGCAUUUGGUGGGUUAAGAAUGGAUGCUGUGCAGACUGCAGAAGAUACAGUUCCGAUCCUCAAGCCCACAGCAGAUAUCCCUGUGCCCAGCCAGGACACACAGGAGACAGAUCUUCACAUGGCCGGUACAAUCAAAGAGCUGGAAUAUAAGCUGAGGCUUAUGGCCAUGAAUCACAGCCAUCAUGUAAAGGACCACGACAAACUGGCACUCUUGGUGCAGAACAUUCAAGAACGGGUUGGGCAGAUGAGCGACCAGGACCUGAUAUCCGGACUAAUCACCAAGAUGCUAAAUGAGCGUUUUGCAACACUAACGGAUAAAAAGGAACACGCCACGGAUGGAUUCCACUCCACUAGCUCAGAUCAUGAAGCUCGUAUCUUGCGUUUGGAGACACUCCUGGGAAAACUUUCAGAGGCAAUAGAAGAAGACCGGAAACUGUUAAGGACAGGAAGUGGAGCAGACACUGAAGAUCAGGGCUUUCUUAGGCAAAAGAUUCAAAACCUGGAGCAAGAGUUUGCUGCGUAUAAAGCUGAAUUUGUAAAAGAGAAGGCGGCAAAGACCAGCUGUGCCCUACCAGAUUGUGUUCUUCAGAAGGUGGAUGCAAGAGUCAGAGAGUCCGUUGAAAUGAUGUUUAGUAGCCAGGAGAACCUGCCAGAAUCUUUCCUGCAUUGGCUAUCUGCAAACUACUUAAGCAAGGCUGACUUUAAUACCAGACUCCAGGAACUUGAGCUCCAAAUCCUUAAGAACAUUUCACACCAUGUAUCGAUCACCAAACAAGUGCCGUCUGCAGUAGUGAUGGAGAGAGCAGUGUCUGGAGGCAUAUCAGGCAUAACGGAAGAGGAAGCCCAUGUGAUUGUCAAAAAUGCUUUGAAACUAUACUCUCAAGACCGAACUGGCAUGGUCGAUUUUGCAUUGGAGUCAGGAGGAGGAAGCGUCCUGGGCACUCGUUGUUCUGAGACCUAUGAAACGAAAACGGCACUUAUGAGUCUGUUUGGGGUUCCGUUAUGGUAUUUCACACAGUCCCCCAGAGUGGUAAUACAGCCGGAUAUGUAUCCUGGAAAUUGCUGGGCAUUUAGAGGCGCUCAAGGUUACCUUGUUGUUAGACUUUCAAUGAUGAUUUACCCAACAUCUUUCUCAUUGGAGCACAUACCAAAGUCCCUCUCCCCAACGGGCAACAUCACAAGUGCACCUAAAGACUUCGCUGUAUUCGGACUUGAAGACGAGUAUCAAGAAAACGGCACUCUGCUGGUUCACUCACUAUAUGACCAUGAAGGAGAACCACUGCAGAUAUUCCCGGCGAUGGAAGGGAAUGAGAAGCCUUUCCAGAUUGUGGAACUUCGCAUCUACUCCAAUUGGGGCCAUACAGAUUAUACAUGUCUUUAUCGCUUCAGGGCUCAUGGAACGCCUGUCCAAUAAAUACAGGUGUUGCUCGGAUGUAUGUAUCUAUGUAAAUACAAACCUGGAACACUGGAAUAAAUCUGGAAUUUGGAUCAGAGGUAUAUGCUGUAAUAAAGUUUCCAGCUAAAAAAAAAUGCCCAGUAAAGGGAUUAAUAGAGCAAAAACGGAUUACUAAACCAAUUUGAUUUGCACUUAUCUGUUGCCAGCUCAUUUUAGUUUGUCUCCACGUUCGGUUAAAUGCUGCAUGUAAUCCACUAAGGAUGGAAAGGCCAGUUAGUGGGAGAUCUUUAAAAGACCCCUGUGCUGUAGUGAGCUCUUUAAGGUGCAUCUUGUCUUGCUCAUUGGAGCUGUAGUUUGGGGGUUCUUCCCAGUGCAGGGUUUAUUGUUGAAAUCGGUAUUUUAGAUGUACCUUUUCAUUCUCUAGGGCUGCGCUUCGGUGUCUAGACAUUUGUAUUCGCCAUGGGAAAAGUGUAAGAAAUGGUGGCCUAUAUAACGCUGUACAUGGCAUUCGUUCUGUAAUUGAGAAUAUGCAGCUUCCAUUGCUUGGAGGGCCCCAUAAGAUAUUAAUAAAGAUAUUAAUGUCCAUAUGUAAUGAUAUUCCCUACUUCCCUAAAAACAUUUUUAAACGGAAGCAGGUGAAUUCUGACAAGUUAAUCCUUCAUAUGCAGUUAAUAUCCUUAUUUAUCCAGUGGCG